AUGGGCGACGAUAUCGACACCUCCGGCAUUUUGCCGCCGUUUCGUGGCACGAAGAAAGUCGAAGUACUCGAUGCAUCCGAUCCGACAAUGCUUACGAUUGUGCUACACGAGGAGGAUCAUACGAUCGGCAACUCACUCAAACACAUCCUAUGCCAGAUGCCCGAUGUCGAAUUUUGUGGAUACAAUGUGCCGCACCCGCUCGAGAACAAGAUCUUGUUGCGGCUACAAACGAGAAAUGGUCAACCGGCGGGGAAAAUCCUUUCUGAAGCAUUUCAACACUUGGAGACUCUAUUCAAGCACAUUGGGUCGACUUUCGAAGAAGCUUACGCCAACAGCUUA